AACCACUCGUCAUUGGUGACGUCUGCAAUUCGAAGCAACGUGAUGCGGAAUGAAAACAAAUGAAAGUUAUUAGACAAUUGCUAAGAGCAACACGACUUUCUCUGCGCUGGAGUGAUGGAUCUACCGUGUGUCCAGUGGCAGGAACAUAUUUCUCAGAAGUGGGCAGGACUUGACGCCGCUUUAAAGGAGCAUUUCACAUCUCUUACUGAAAUUGAUGAUGUGUUUAAGUUCGCCCUAACUCUGACAACACAAGAUGAUGUGGAUUAUUUACAUUCCAUCUCCCCAAGUUACCCUGUGCAGAAAGACACAGAACAGGCAGCCAAAUGCAGAGAAAGAGGAAACUGUAGCUUCAAGAGCAGAGACUACACUGCUGCAGCUCUGCACUAUUCACAGGGCAUAUGUUUUUCCCCACAAAAUUCUGAGCAGCUGUCACUGUGUUAUGCCAACCGCUCUGCUGCCCUCUACCAUCUGCACCACUACCAGAAAUGUGUAGAGGACAUCGACAAGGCCCUGAAGAAUAAUUACCCCUCUCACCUUGUACAUAAACUCAAAGACCGUCAGACACAGUGUAUGAAACACAUCACAUUAGGCGAAAAGGGAAAAGAGGGCGAUGAUAGUAUUACUCCAAAUUAUAAUAAAGAUCCAGGCAGAGUCAAAGCACCAUCUGGUGGAGAUUAUUUGAGUUGGAUUUGUCCUCAAGCUGUCGUUGGCUUUAGCCAUGAGAAGGGUCGACAUCUAGUGGCUACAAAUGGAAUUGCAGCAGGAGAAGUGAUCUUCAAUGACAGACCGUACAGCUGUGUCCUUAUACCAGGGGUGGAGGGUGUGGGAGGGGAGAGAGGAGGUCUCAGCACAGGAGUGUUUGGAACAGAGCACAGGUGCUGUCACAGAUGUUUGACUGAGACACUGCAUCCUGUGCCAUGUGGCGGAUGCGGUUACAGCCGGUACUGUUCAGCUGACUGUCAGCAGGAUGCGUGGGAUGAACAUCACCGCUGGGAGUGUCCACUGGGAGCAGAAUUGAUGGCGAUGGGUGUGAUUUCACAACUGGCCCUGAGGGUAGUGCUAAAGGCGGGGUUAAAAACGACCCUAAAGGCCAAAGAACUAAAUAGAAUUAUUUACACAGAGUCUGAGCCAAACCAUGAAUCUACCAUGUCCAGUUCAUGCCAUACACAUCAACCUGACGCUCUAGCUUCCCACUGCAGUGACCCUUACCUGAGGGUGUUUCAUUUACUUCAUCACUUGAAUCGCCACAGCCCCGCCGUCCGUUUCCUGAGUGCUGUUACUACAGCAACACUCUACCUGAAACUGAGCAAGGAUGGGACUCUACCUGCGUCCUGGGAUCUCAGUGAGCCCUUGACAGCCAACAGCCAAUCAACAGAUGCAACUGAAGGUCAUGCACAUCAGAGCACCGAGCUGUGGCUGAUGGGAAGUGCAAUUCUGAGACACAUGCUGCAACUGCGGUGCAACACUCAGGCGAUUGUCAUCCUGAAGGAUACAGUAUCAGGAAAAUCUCCAGUCCAGUCCACCAGAGAAGUCCGCAUUGCUUCAGCAGUAUUUCCAACCCUUAGCCUUUUAAAUCACUCCUGCUGUCCCAACACCAGCCUGGUGUUCAGCACUGGAACAGCUGUUGAUCCAUUUCCACCAGAUCUGUCUCCACAUCUCAGUGAGGCUGCAUCUUGGCACAGAAACACUGGCUGUGGAGUCGCUGUAACUGUCAGAGCUGCCAAAGACAUCACUGCGGGACAAGAGAUUCUGCACUGUUAUGGUCCUCACAGCAGAAGGAUGAUAACUAAGAAACGCCAGAGACUCCUGCAGGAACAGUAUUACUUCCUGUGCCAGUGUGAGGCCUGCACACUUCACCAGGAGGAAACAGCAGUGGGCAAACAGCAGCAGUCAGGUUUCAGUCAUGGUCCUGACCAAUCAGGACUCCUGUGCUGCAAAUGCAAAGGGUCUCUUAAAAAUUGUGCAGACAAAGGAACAGGAUUCCUGUGUGGGGAACCGUCGUGUAAUCAUCGUAUGUCUUCAGCUGAAGUGACGAUUAGGCUGCAGGAGAUCAGAGAUGAACUGAACAGGGCUGUGGACCUGAUGGAGAGAGACAGACCAGAAGAGACCCUGCAGCUGUUGAACAGAACUCGCUGUCACGCAGGACUAAUCCUUGCAGAAACACACCCUCUACAGGGGGAAAUUGCUGAUUGCAUGGCCAGAGCAUGUGCCACAAUGGGUGACUGGAACGCUGCUGCCGCCCAUCUGGAACGCAGUGCCACAGCGAUUAUCUCCCAGUACGGAGGUGACAGUAUUGAACUGGGUCAACAGCUCUUCAAAUUAGCUCAGCUGCACUUUAAUGGGGGAGCCAGAGGAGCAGCGCUCUCUGUCAUCCCCAAGGUCAGGAGACUCCUUCGCCUUCACCGUGGCCCCCACUGCCAAGAACUACAGGAGCUGCAAGCCAUGGAAGACUGUCUCCGAGGGAAGUAAAAGAAUGGAAUUGCAGUACCAAUUUUUUGUUCAUUGCUAGGGGAAAUAAAAUUGUAAUGAUGUCA